CGUCGCCAAAGCAGCCAUCUUCAAGACACUUGACCCCAUCACCUUCUCCAAAAUUAAGCACCUCAAGACUGCCAUGGAGAUAUGGCAAGGUCUUGGGAAGCUAUGUGAGGGUUCAGAGGACUUGAGAAAGCAGAAGAUAGAAGUCCUGCUUGAGAAGUUCAAAAGCUUCAAAAUGCUUCCCGGAGAAUCAUUUGAUAUGCUGGAUGAAAGAUUCCACAAAAUCUUGAAUGAUCUUGCAUCACUUAACCACGUUCUUUCUCCCAAAGAAAAGAAUGUAAGGUUGCUGAGAUCUCUUCCAACUGAGUGGUACACCAAAGCCACAGCCAUGGAAGAAGGAAGAAAUCUGGAGAACUACACUGUUCAAGGUCUUCUUGAUGAGCUCAGAACCUAUGAGCACGAGCUGAAGAAGAAGAAGGAAGAACAAGUCACUCCCUUCCCCACGGCACUGAUGACAACUCCAAGAGUCCCAUCAAGUGAAGGGACAUGCCCAAGGAACUGUGACACACCCUCCUCCAGCCAGCCGUCAAGUUCAAAAAUGGAGAACUACGAUGAGGAAUUUGCCAUGAUGGUCAAGCAAUUCCGGAAGUUCAAAAAGUUCUUCAAGAAAGCUGACUCAGUCAGAAGGCCAUCCAAGGGAAAGCCACAGGUAAGUGACUCUCCUCCUGAAUCUUAUUUGUGUUACAAUUGCAGGAAGCCCGGCCACUGGAAGUCAGCGUGCCCGUACCCAAAAGUGGAGAAGUACGGAGAAAGAGAAAGGAACGAGAAGAAAAAGAAGUGACGAGUCAUCCAGCUCAAGCUCGGAUGAAGAAGCUCUCGUCUGCAUGGAGCGCAGAGCUGAAAAGUCCAACCAUGAGGAUAGGUGGACCAUGUCAGAAGAUGACACUCUCUGCCUAAUGGCCAAAGAUGAUGCUGAUCAAGAGGUAAC